CUUUCAUUACAUUGCUUUUAAAUAUUCAGUUUUCCCAUUGUUUUAAUCACUGUUCAUUUAAUUUUCACUGCAUAAUUACUUUGCUUUGAAAUAUCAAAAAUAUUUUGUGUGGUGUUUGAACCAAGUUUCAUGAAAACUUGCCUGUCCAUGAGUUGAGCCUCUUUGAGGAAGACAAAACUGACAGAUGCUAUAAUCCUUUAGAUGAUGUCGCCCCUUGAGUAAAAAUGAGUAAUAAAUAUAUUUAAACAUGGCAUAUGAAGUUCAUGUGCUGUGUGAUGGGUAUUCCAAGACAACAGAGGAGGGUAUGGUUGCAAAUUGUACUUGCACCCUCAUAAAAGGCCAGAAGCAUAUCAUCAUAGUUGAUACAAUGACACCUUGGGAUAAAGAAAAGAUCAUUAAAGGUCUGUGUCAUUAUGGAGUGGAGUGCAAUGAUGUUGAUUAUGUUGUGUGUUCUCAUGGACACUCUGAUCACAUAGGCAAUAACAACCUGUUUCUGAGUGCAAAACAUAUUGUUGGGUUCAGUGUAUCAUACAAGGACCUGUACUUCAUUCACCCGUUUGAAACAGGUGAACCGUUCGUAAUUGAUGAUGAUGUGAAGGUGGUGCCUACUCCAGGCCAUACUCUGACAGAUGUGACUGUUCUGGUCAACACAAAGGAUAAAGGACUUGUAGCAGUUACAGGUGAUUUGUUUGAACAAGAGGAGGAUAUUGCUAACCCAUCAUUGUGGCAGUAUGUAGCUGGUAGUGAUGACCCAGAGAAGCAGCGACAGAAUCGAACUAAGAUUAUCCAAAUUGCAGACUGGAUUAUUCCUGGUCAUGGACCAAUGUUUAAGGUUACAGAGGAAAUGAAAAAUGGUUCUAAAUAAAAUAUGCACAGAAAAAUUU